AUGGCGGACGCAACUGUUCAAACUGCACAAGACGAACAACAGCUCACCAGAGUGGGCAUGGACACCCACGUAAAGGACUCAAUUGAACUAAUCUUUGACCACUUCUGGGCCAAACUGCAGGUGCACCUACAGCCAGCAGGGCCGUAUCGCAUGAAGCCUGCGAAAAACGCAGCCCAAGCAGAGGGGAGACCUGGGAUAAAACCAAUCGCACCAUCCCGACAGAGAUGA